AUGAGUCACUCUCACAGACCGACCACCAAGGUCACCCACAAGCCGUUCAAGUCCAAGCAUGCGACCAAGGGUGCGCUGAGAGAUGCUGCGAAAGGCAGACUUCCCGGCGAAGAACGCGGCCAGCGCAAGACGCCCCAUCAGCAAGUCAUGUCUAAGUUCGACCGACGAAACCAGGCCAAGCAGCGCCAGAUUACCAAGCGCAAAGAGAGACUGGAAGAAGCAUCGAUAUUCGUUGGGAGAGACGGCGCCCCGAGAAUUGUUGCCGUCGUGCCUCUGUGCCAGGAUGGCGAUGCCGCGGCCGCCAUUAAGCAGCUGAACGACAGCGUGGACAUCGAAGCCGAAGUUGAGGAGACCCCCUUCCAAGUCUCGGUGGAUCGUUUCAAGCAGAAGGUCCAGUACAUCCCCCUCAAGCGGGACCUGAACGCCGUUCUUGACGCCACCCGGGUUGCGGACUUUGUGCUGGUUAUGCUCUCGGCCGACGUCGAGGUUGAUGAGUUGGGCGAGUUGAUGCUGCGUGGUUUGGAAAGCCAGGGCUUGUCGACUCUGUUCACCGUUGUUUACGGCCUGGACAAGAUCGACCAGGCCAAGCACAAGCAGUCCACACUAGGCUCCCUCAAGUCAUACAUCACCCACUUCCAUCCCGAGCAAGAGAAGCUCUACCAACUGGAGAACAGACAGGAGUGCGCCAACCUGAUGCGCUCCCUCUGCAACACGACGCCCAAGGGCGUCAGGUGGCGUGAGGAUAGGAGUUGGGUCCUGGCCGAAGAUGUCAAGUUCUCCAGCUCCGGACUUGGUUCCACGGUCAUUACCGGUGUCGUCAGAGGAAGAGGCCUGAAGGCCAACCGCCUGAUCCAACUGGGCGACUACGGAACAUUCCAGGUCGAGAAGAUCACAGCCGCACCACUGCCCAAGAAGUUGAAGAGGGGGGAGAUGGCCGUGGAGGAGAGCGAGACCGAGGAGAUUCUUGAUACCCCUGAUGAGGACCAGGAUGACCUGGCUGAGCUGGCUCCCGACGCCGCGAUGGACGAUGACGAGAUGGAGGCCGACGGACCGCCUGAGAUCAAGAAGGGUGUGCUUCUUGACGACCACCACUACUUCGACGACGAUUACUACGAGGCCGCGGAGGCCAAGACCAGAGUUCCCAAGGGUACCUCCAACUACCAGGCAGCGUGGUACCUCGGUGAUGACGUGUCGGACUCCGGCUCUGACAUGGAGGACCUCGAGAUGCAGGACAACUCUGAAGAGGACGAAGCCCGCCCCGAGGACGGUCUUGAAGGCCAAGCACCGAGGGAGCCCACCGAGGGUGCGCCUUCGGAAUACGCCAAGUCCGAGAAGUUUGUCGAACCGGAUGAGGAGGAGGAUGCCGCCGGCCUGGCCGCCUACCGUGCUAGGAAGUCCGACGAGGUUGAAGACGACAAGGAGUUCCCCGAUGAGAUCGAGCUGCACCCCGGCGUCCUCGCCCGCGAGCGCCUGCAAAGAUACAGAGGCCUUAAGAGCUUGAGGACGAGCGAGUGGAUCAAGAGCGAAGACCGGGCGUACGAGCCCGAGGCGUGGCGCAAGCUUCUCCAGAUCCCAGACUACCAGGCCUCGCGCUCGCGGACCACGCGCGAGGCUCUCGUCGGCGGCGUCCCCGCCGGUACGAGAGUUCAUGUCCACCUCAAGGGCGUCCCCGCGUCAUUUGAGAAGUCGUACCAGCCCAGCCGGCCAGUGACGCUGUUCUCGCUGCUGCGCCACGAGCAGAAGAAGACGGCCGUCAACUACCUCAUCAACCUCAGCGCUGACUACCACCGGUCGGUCAAGGCCAAGGAGGAGAUCAUUGUGCAGUGCGGCCCUCGCCGCUUCGCAAUCAACCCCAUCUUCUCCCAGCCGGGCAACACACCCAACAACGUCCACAAGUCCUGCAGAUACCUCCACCCGGGCCAGUCCGCCGUAGCCACCUUCAUGGGCCCCGUCACCUGGGGCGCCGUGCCCGUGCUCUUCUUCAAGCGCUCCGUGCCGGUGCCCGAGGGCUCCGAGGAGGCCGAGAACGAAUCCACCAUCGGUCUGAAGCUCAUCGGUACAGGAACCGCUCUGCCGCCCUCGACGUCCCGCGUCAUCGCCAAGCGGGUCAUCCUGACGGGACACCCGUACCACAUCCACAAGAAGAUCGUCACGAUCCGCUACAUGUUCUUCAACCGCGAGGACGUCGAGUGGUUCAAGGCCCUGCCGCUGUGGACCAAGCGUGGCCGCACCGGCUUCAUCAAGGAGCCGCUCGGCACCCACGGAUACUUCAAGGCCACCUUCGACGCCCGCAUCAACCCGCAGGACUCCAUCGGCGUCAGUCUGUACAAGCGUGUGUGGCCGCGAAAUGCCGUCCCUGUCCAGGGACCCCUUCUCGAGCCUGGUGUCGCCAGCCAGGUCGACGAGGGUGACGUGAUGAUGGAAUAA